AUGACUUUGCGUGUCGUGGGAGGGGUGGCAUUGAAGCUGAACACCUCUCGGUACUCCACUCUUGCUCAUCUCGUAGCUCAGCAGCUAUCCUUGUGCAACAACCCCGGGCAAAACGGACAGAGGAACUUUCACACCCGAGGGGCGAGCCCCCAUUCCGCAAAUGCAAAAGAUGUGACAAGAGCCUGGAUUUCGACAAAUUUGAUUUUAUCCAGGGCCCCUGUCCCCGUUGAAGGAGUUCUUCCCCUCCGUAGAGUGUCAGCUGCAACUGUUUUGGGGCCCCCCACCCUUUUUAGAGGGGUCCCUGUACCGUUUGGUGGAUUAUGCAUCGCAUCUAAAGAACCCGUGUUUUCCGUCAAAGAUAAUAGUGGGAUGCCUUUGCCGCAGUUGCUCAGUGGGGGGCAUAGUAUAGUACAACGCCGAUUUGUCGCGCGUGUAAAGGUGCACCGUUUUGCGGGAGUCGUUCCCUUGAAGAUCCGCUCACCCAAAUCCGAGUGGUACAUUCAGGCAGAAAAGGAGUUUCUGAGCGAAAGAGAAGAGGCAAGCUCACGACCUAACACAAUUCCGGAAGGGUACAUUGAACGCUGGAGAGAGGAAGACCUAGAGAAACUAAACCCUGCCAUCCGGGACUGCCUUUCCCUUCGCUGUGCCUCCAACAAACAAAUACAUCAGUGGAGAAAGCUGCAACUUUGCAGACAGCUGCAGCGCCGCCCUUUCGACACUGGCAGCAGCGCUGUUCAAAUUGCCUGUCUUACGGAGAAAAUCCUAAACGCCCGACAGCACCUCCUUAAGCAUCGCCGGGAUCACUCUAAGAAGAGGAUUCUUUCUAUCUGGCUAGCGCGACGACAGAGGGUCAUGAAGUACCUCUACAGGACCGACUAUGACCUGUACAGACUAACAUGCAGCGUGCUUUGCAUUAAGUGCGUCCAUUUCGCCAUCCCAGACUCCAGGGACAGACAACGAGCCAUUAGCCCAGUUGCUGUUGACGGGGACCGCUGCAAAUUUCUGAUCCGACAGCGUUUGUGGAAGGGUCGUUAUAGGCCGCGGCCGAUUAAGCUGGCAGAAGGGAAGACUGUGCGCUACACGAGGCAUGUUAUGGAGCAGCCGCCUCCGGGAUGGAACAUGCCGCAUGAAACAAAACCUCGAAUAAGCCGAGCGUGGCCAUACGGUGUCAAGGAAGAGCGUCUCAAAGGAGAAUAUACGAUACCUAACCCAACGGCGGCUGGUAUUGGCUACUGCCCCGUGCCCCUCUUUUUCUGA